CUCCUCUCCGCUGCCUUGUAAGUCGCGCUGUUGAACAACAAACAACACAGACGGGUCUGCUGCUUUUGAAACACGAGCGAGAAUGGUCGGCUUGUGACCAGGAUUUUUAUCUAUUUCUGGUGACCACGGGACGACGCCGAGAUGGCCAAGAAGCUGAUCAAGUUUGUGAUCCUGUUCGAUAACACCAACCUGCUUUAUUUCCCGGGACAGUUCCUCAGCGGACGCGUUUUGGUCGAGCUUGAGGAGGACACGCCUGCCCUUGGUCUGCACUUCCAUGUCGUGGGUGAAGGUGUGGUUCGCGUGCGCAGCGGUCGCCACGAACGCCUCUACGACAAAGAGAACUACAUCGACUUCCGCAUGAGACUGCUCGGCGAGCCGGGUCAGGGGCCUUCGGUGCUCUCUCCUGGGAUCCACAGCUUCCCUUUCAAACUGGGACUGCCACUGGGACUGCCGUCCACCUUCCUCGGAAAACACGGCUGGAUUCAGUACUACUGCAAGGCGGCCCUGCGCGAGCCCAACGGACUCACGCACAAAAACCAGCAGGUCUUCAUCGUCAUGAACCCGAUCGAUCUGAAUCUCGAGCCGCCGAUUUUGGCACAACCGUUCCGGUGCGAGAUCGAGCACCGACUGGGCAUCACGUGCUUCUCGUCUGGCCCGGUUUUGUGCCGAGUGGCCCUUGACCGCGGCGGCUAUGUCCCGGGUGAAACCAUUGGCAUCUCUGCGCUCGUGCACAACCGCAGCAAAGUGACCAUCAAGUACACGAAAGCCUCCCUCACCGAGACGGUCCAGUACCUGGCGAGGAGCAAGGUGGUGCAGGCCGAGACCAGGGAGCUGGCCUCCCUGUCCAGAGGCAAAAUCAAGCCCGGCGACAAGGAUGAGUGGCUGAACGAGCAGCUCUACGUGCCGCCCCUACCACCCACUAAUCUUAGAGGAUGCAACCUCAUCAGGAUCCAGUAUGACGUCUAUUUCAUCAUAGACCCAAAGAGUAUGGAGAAGGAAAUCAAGUUGCAGCUGCCGAUCAUGAUGGCGACCUACCCGCUGCGCACCAACGAAGGCACUUUGGCCCGCAAGCAGGGCGCCCACUACCCGUCAACGCUGCCCAUCUUCCGUCCCUGGCUGGACGAAAAAACCUUUGAUUGAUGAGUUUUGCAGCGAAAAGAGACUCGAAUUUUGAUGAUGCCAUUACCCCACUCUCACUCGCUCGGCGCGCGGCGGCGUGCACAUGCGGCUUUGCACUCUUUUUUGCUCUGCGAGCGAGCCAUAACAGAUUUUCGCUUGAAAUAAUAGGGCCGUGUUUUUCAUCGCUCGAUUAAAAAGAAACUUUCCCCAGUGACUAAAAACUCAAGCUAAUGGAAUGUUAUUAACAACGGCCAAUUUUACUUUUGCCCUCCUGAAACGAACGAAAAUAUAACUAAUGCGAAGUGCCGAGAAGUCACCCUUUACGCGCUAACUAACAAUGAGGGAAGAAAUUGAAAUGAUCGUGACUGAAUUUGUAGUUUCGGCAGCUUUCGACAAGCUCAAUUACGGUGUCGGAAUAACAGAGUGCUUGUAAUAACAAUGGAUUUAAAAUAGAUUAAUGUAUUUUUUAUUUUAUCAUUGUGUGUGAGCGAAAGUUAGUGAGACUUUAAGAUGUGAAAUAUGGGAUAAACGUUUAGGAAAAAUCAAAUCCCAUAAUUGUACUAAAAGAUUGACUAGAAUUAAUCAGGUGAUUGAUUUUUCAAUCGACUGUGCGAGUGACAUCUCAACAUUCUACUAUGAAGUGGAUUCAAUGAAAUCGUGCAUUUUGCCAUUGUUGUGUGACUUGCAUAAAAAUGUGUACUGCGAUGACGCAAUAAACAUAAAUUUAACAGCGAA